UUAUCAUCAUCUAAAGUGUGAACGAGUGAAAUACAAAUCAUGGCUACCACAAUCAAAUCGCGAUUUCCACUUUUGUUGUUGCUGGGAAUUAUCUUCCUAGCCUCCGUUUGUGUCACUUAUGCCAAUUACGAUGAAGGUAGAGAACCUAGCGUUCCGGGACAAAGGGAAAGAGGUCGCCAAGAGGGUGAGAAAGAGGAAAAACGCCAUGGAGAAUGGAGACCUUCGCCUGAAAAGGAAGAAGAUGAAGAAGAGAAGUACAAAUAUGAAGAAGGUAGGGUACCCGGACAAAGAGAAAGAGGUCGCCAAGAGGGCGAGAAAGAGGAAAAACGCCACGGAGAAUGGAGACCUUCGGAAGAAGAUGAAGAGGAGAAGUACAGAUAUGAAGAAGGUUCAGAACCUAGGGGACCAGGACAAAGAGAAACAGGUCGUCAGGAGGGCGAGAAAGAGGAACAACGCCGAGAACGACACCCUCAAUGGGAAUCUUCGUACGAAAAGGAAGAAGAUGAAGAAGAGAAACAGAAAUAUCAAUAUCAUCGUGAAAAGAAGGAACAAACUGAAGUUCGACCUGGACGUGAAAGAUUUGAAAGACAUGAAGAUGAAGAACAGUGGAGAGGAAUUCAACGUCAUGAAGAUCCAGAAGAAAGGGCAAGGGAAAGGUAUAGAGCGGAGAUAGCAAAGAGGCAAGUAGAAGAAGAGAGGGAGGAAAGGGACAUACCCCGUGAACGUGAACAAAGAAACCCCUUUUUGUUCAAGUCUAAUAAGUUUCAGACACUCUUUCAAAACGAAAAUGGCUACAUUCGUCGCCUUCAAAGGUUCGACAAACGAUCAGACUUAUUCGAAAAUCUUCAGAACUAUCGUCUAGUGGAGUAUAGAGCCAAACCCCACACCAUCUUCCUCCCUCAACACAUAGAUGCUGACUUAAUCCUUGUAGUCCUCAGUGGGAGAGCUAUACUAACUGUGUUGAGUCCCAAUGAUAGAAAUUCGUAUAAUCUUGAGCGUGGUGAUACCAUCAAACUUCCAGCAGGAACAACUUCUUAUCUUGUUAACCAAGAUGAUGAAGAAGAUCUUAGAGUGGUAGAUCUUGCAAUACCCGUGAACAGGCCUGGUAAAGUUGAGUCUUAUCUCCUAUCUGGAAAUAAAAACCAAUACUUGCGAGGAUUCAGCAAGAAUAUUUUAGAGGCCUCGUUUAAUACUAAUUAUGAGACCAUAGAGAGGGUUCUUUUAGAAGAACAAGAUAAAGAAUCACAACAAUCGAUAGGCCAAAAAAGGAGAUCACAAAGGCAAGAAACAAAUGCAUUAGUGAAAGUGUCAAGGGAACAAAUUGAAGAACUCAAAAGGCUUGCCAAAUCAAGCUCAGAGAAAGGCUUAUCCUCUCAAUUCGAACCAAUCAAUUUGAGAAGCCACAAUCCAAAAUAUUCUAACAAGUUUGGCAAGUUAUUUGAGAUUACUCCGGAGAAAAAAUACCCUGAACUUCAAGAUUUAGAUUUAUUUGUUAGUUCCGUGGAUAUUGAAGAGGGAGCUCUGAUGUUGCCACACUACAAUUCAAGGGCUAUAGUUUUACUAUUAGUCAAUGAAGGAAGAGGAAAUCUUGAACUUGUGGGUUUAAAAAAUGAGCAACAAGAACAAGAAGAAAGAAACAAUCAACUCCAGAGGUAUGAAGCUAGACUGUCUCCAGGUGACGUUGUUAUUAUUCCAGCAGGCCACCCAGUUACAGUCAGUGCUUCAUCAAAUCUGAAUUUGCUUGGAUUUGGUAUCAAUGGUGAGAACAAUCGGAGAAACUUUCUUGCAGGUUCGGACGACAAUGUGAUAAACCAAAUAGAAAAUCCAGUAAAAGAGCUUACAUUCCCUGGAUCUGCUCGAGAGGUGAAUAGACUAUUGAAGAACCAAGAACAUUCUCACUUUGCAAGUCAAGAAAGCCAAAGAAAAAGGAGUCCUCUCUCUUCAAUUCUGAACGCUUAAUAUGAAAAAUAAUGCACAUGUAUGAUAUAAGAUCUAUCUGGCUCCAUGGUGAGCUAACUAUAAAUAAAUGGUCUUGUAACUCUUUCUACUAUGAAUAAGUAAAUAAUAAAUAAAAACUGUGUUUUUAUUUUUUUUUA